GUGUGGGGAGGUAGGGCUCUGUCUGUGUGGAGGCGGAGCUGUGUGUGUGUGGAGGCGGGGCUGCGUGUGUUUGCGGAGGCAGGGCUGUGUGUAUGUGUGGAGGUUGGGCUGUGUGUGCGUGUGUGGAGGUUGGGCUGUGUGUGUGUGUGGAGGCGGGGCUGUGUGUGUAGAGGCAGGGCUGUGUGUGUGGAGGCGGGGCUGUGUGUGGAGGCGGGGCUAUGUGUGUGUGGUGGUGGGGCUGUGUGGGUGUGUGUGUGGAGGCAGGGCUGUGUGGGUGUGUGUGUGGAAGUGGGGCUGUGUGUGUGUGUGGAGACUGGGCUGUGUGUGUGUGUGGAGGCUGGGCUGUGUGUGUCUGUGGCAGCGGGGCUGUAUGUAUGUGUGUGUGUGGCAGCGGGGCUGUGUGUGUGUGGGGGGACGUGGUGGGGCACUGUGUGUGUGUGUGGCAGCACGGCUGUGUUAUGUGUGUGUGCGUGUGGCAGUGGGGCUGUGUGGGUGUAUCUGAGUGUGUGUGGUGGUGGGGCUGUGUGUGGGGGAGGUGGAGAAGCUCUGUGUGUGAAAUAAUGUUCCUAAUGCACGCUGGCUACCAGUGUCAUGGUCAGCAGGGAACCAGCUUCUGCUUGCUGACCACAUGUGCCACUACACGUUGAGACAGGGAUGUGUGGUGCUGUGUGGCUGUGUGGAGGUGUGGAUGCUGUGUGGAGGUGUGGAUGCUAUGUGGAGGUGUGGAUUGUGGAGGUAUGGAUGCUUUGUGGAGGUGUGGAUGUGUGGAGGUGUGGAUGCUCUGUGGAUGCACUGUGCAGGUGUGGAUGCUGUGUGGAGAUGUGGAUGCUGUGUGGAUGUGUCAAUGUGUGGAGGUGUGGAUGUAUGGAGGUGUGGAUGCCAUGUGGAGGUGUGGAUGUGUGGAGGUAUGGAUGCUGUGUGGAGGUGUGGAUGCUGUGUGAAGGUGUCGAUGCUGUCUGGAGGUGUGGAUGUGUGGAAGUGUGGAUGCUGUAUAGAGCUGUGGAUGCUGUGUGGAGGUGUGGAUGAUGUCUUGAUGCUGUAUGGAUGCCGUCUGGAUGCUGUGUGGAGGUGUGGAUGCUGUGUGGAUAUGUGGAUGUGUGGAGGUGUGGAUGCUGUGUGGAGGUGUGGAUGCUAUAUGGAUGCGUGGAUGUGUGGAUGUGUGGAGGUGUGGAUGCUGGGUGGAUGCUGUGUGGAGGUGUGGAUGCCGUGUGGAUUCUAUGUGGCUGCCGUGUGGAUGCUGUGUGGAGGUGUGGAUGCUGUAUGGAGGUGUGGAUGCCGUGUGGAGGUGUGGAUGCUGUAUGGAGGUGAGGAUGCCGUGUGGAUGCUGUGUGGAUGCCGUGUGGGUGCUGUGUGGAGGUGUGGAUACUGUUUGCAGGUGUGGAUGCUGUGUGGAGGUGUGCAUGCUGUGUGGAAGUGUGGAUGCUGUGUGGAUGCUGUGUGGAUGCUGUGUGGAGGCAUGGAUGGUGUGUGGAGGUGUGGAUGCCGUGUGGAGGUGUGGAUGUGUGGAGGUGUGGAUGCUGUGUGGAGGUGUGGAUGUGUGGAGGUGUGGAUGCUGUGUGGAGGUGUGGAUGUGUGGAGGUGUGGAUGCUGUGUGGAGUUGUGGAUGUCUGGAGGUGUGGAUGCUGUGUGGGGGUGUGGAUGCUCUGUGGAUGCUGUGUGGAGGUGUGGAUGCUGCUUGGAGGUGUGGAUGCUGUGUGGAGGUGUGGAUGCUAUGUGGAAGAGUGGAUGCUGUAUGGAAGAGUGGAUGCUGUGUGGAGGUUUCGAUGAUGUGUGGAGGUGUGGAUGCUGUGUGGGGGUGUGCAUUUGUGGAGGUGUGGAUGCUGUGUGGAGGUGUGGAUAUGUGAAGGUAUGGAUGCUGUGUAGAUGUGUGGAUGCUGUGUGGAGGUGUGGAUGCAGUGUGGAGGUGUGGAUGUUGUGUAGAAGUGUGGAUACUGUGUGGAGGUGUGGAUGCUGUGUGGAGGUGUGGAUGCUGUGUAGAUGUGUGGAUGCUGCAUGGAUGCUGUGUGGAGGUGUGGAUACAGUGUGGAGGUGUGGAUGUUGUGUAGAAGUGUGGAUGCUGUGUGGAUGCUGUGUGGAGGUGUGGAUGCUGUGUGGAUGCUGUGUGGAGGUGUGGAUGCUGUGUGGAUGCUGUGUGGAGGUGUGGAUGCUGUGUGGAUGUGUGGAUGCUGUGUGGAUGUGUGGAUGCUGUAUGGAUGCUGUGUGGAUGCUGUUUGGUGGUGUGGAUGCUGUGUGGAUGCUCUGUGGAUGCCAUGUGGAUGCUGUGUGGAGGUGUGGAUGCUGUAUGGAAGUGUGGAUGCUGUGUGGAUGUUGUGUGGAUGCCAUGUGAGUGCUGUGUGGAGGUGUGGAUGCUGUGUGGAUGUGUGGAGUUCUGGAUGCUGUGUGGAUGCCGUGUGGAUGCUGUGUGGAUGUGUGAAUGUGGGGAUUUGUGGAUGCUGUGUGGAGAUGUGCAUGCUGUGUGGCUGCUGUAUGGAUGCUGUGUGGAGGUGUGGAUGAUGUGUGGAUGUGUGGAUGCUGUGUGGAUGCUGUGUGGAUGCUGUGUGGAGGUGGGGAUGCUGUGUGGAUGCUCUGUGGAUGCUCUGUGGAGGUGUGGAUGUUGUAUGGAGGUGUGGAUGCUGUUUGGGUGCCGUGUGAAUGCCGUGUGGAUGCUGUGUGGAGGUGUGCAUGCUGUAUGGAGGUGUGGAUGCUGUGCGGAUGCUGUGUGAAUGCUGUGUGGAGGCGUGGAUGCUGUGUGGAGGUGUGAAUGCUGUGUGGAGGUGUGGAUGCUGUGUGGAGGUGUGGAUGCUCUGUGGAGGUGUGGAUGCUGUGUGGAUGUGUGGAGGUGUGGAUGCUGGGUGGAUGUGUGAAUGUGUGGAGGUGUGGACGCUGUGUGGAGGUGUGGAUGCUGUGUGGAGGUGUGGAUGCUGUGUGGAGGUGUGGAUGCUCUGUGGAGGUGUGGAUGCUGUGUGGAUGUGUGGAGGUGUGGAUGCUGGGUGGAUGUGUGAAUGUGUGGAGGUGUGGACGCUGUGUGGAGGUGUGGAUGCUGUGUGGAGGUGUGGAUGCUGUUUGGAGGUAUGGAUGUGUGGAGGUGUGGAUGGUGUGUGGAGGUGUGGAUGCUGUGUGGAUGAUGUGUUGGUGCAGUGUGGAUGCGGUGUGGAGGUGUGGAUGCUGUAUGGAGGUGUGGAUAUCUGGAGGUUUGGAUGUUGUGUAGAUGUGUGGAUGUGUGGAGGUGUGGAUGUUGUGUGGAUACUGUGUGGAUUCUGUAUGGAUGUCUGAAUGUGGGGAGGUCUGGAUGCUGUGUGGAGGUGUGGAUGCUGUGCGGAGGUGUGGAUACUGUGUGGAGGUUUCGAUGAUGUGUGGAGGUGUGUAUGUGUUGAUGUGUGGAGGUGUGGAUGCUGCGUGGACGUGUGGAUUCUGUGUGGAGGUGUGGAUGCUGUGUGGAGGUGUGGAUGCUGUGUGGAGGUGUGGAUGUGUGGAGGUGUGGAGGCUGUGCGGAGGUGUGGAGGCUGUGCGGAGGUGUGGAUACUGUGUGAAGGUUUGGAUGAUGUGUGGAUGUGCGGAUGUGUGGCUGUGUGGCGUUCUGGAUGCUGUAUGGACGUGUGGAUGCAGUGUGGAGGUGUGGAUGCUGUGUGGAGGUGUGGAUGUGUGGAGGUGUGGAUGUUGUGUGGCAGUAUGGAUGCUGUGUGGAUGCUGUGUGGAUGCUGUGUGGAGGUGUGGAUGCUGCGUGGAUGCUGUGUGGAUGCUGUGUGGAAGUUUGGAUGCAGUGUGGAGGAGUGAAUGCUGUGUGGAAGUGUGGGUGCUGUGUGGAGGUGUGGAUGCUGUGUGGAGGUGUGGAUGCUGUGUGGAGGUGUGGAUGUUGUGUGGAGGUGUGGAUGCUGUGUCGAGGUGUGGAGGCUGUGUGGACUUGUGGAUGCUGUGUGGAGGUGUGGAUGCUCUGUGAAGGUGUGGAGGCUGUGUGGAGGUGUUGAUGCUUUGUGGAGGUGUGGAUGCUGUGUGAAGGUGUGGAUGUGUGGAGUUGUGGAUGCUGUGUGGAUGUGUGGAUGCCGUGUGGAUGCUGUGUGGAUGCCAUGUGAAUGCCGUGUGGAUGCCGUGUGGAUUCUCUGUGGAGGUGUGGAUGCUGUGUGGAGGUGGGGCUGCUGUGUGGAUGCUGUGUGGAUGCCGUGUGGAUGUGGUAUGGAGGUGUGGAUGAUGUGUGGAUGCUGUGUCGAUGAUGUUUGGAUGCUAUGUGGAUGCCAUGUGAAUGCUUUGUGGAGGUGUGGAUGCUGUAUGGAGGUGUGGAUGCUGUGUGGAUGCCAUGUGGAUGCUCUGUGGAGGUGUGCAUGCUGUGUGGAGGUUUGGAUGCUGUGUGGAGGUGUGGAUUCUGUGUGGAUGCUAUGUGGAUGCCAUGUGGAUGCUCUGUGGAGGUGUAGAUGCUGUUUGGAGGUGUGGAUGCUGUGUGGAGGUGUGGAUGCUGUGUGGAGGUGUGGAUGCUGUGUGGAAGUGUGGAUGGUGUGUGAAUGCUGUAUGGAUUCUCUGUGGAUGCUGUGUGGAUGCUCUGUGGAGGUGUGGAUGCUGUGUGGAGGUGUGGAUGCUGUAUGGAGGUGUGGAUGCUGUGUGCAGGUGUGGAUGCUCUGUGGAGCUGUAGAUGCUAUGUGGAUGCUGUGUAGGUGCUGUGUGGAGGUCUGGAUGCUGUUUGGAGGUUUCGAUGCUGUGUGGAGGUGUGGAUGCUGUGUGGAAGUGUGGAUGCUGUCUGGAGGUGUGGAUGUGUGGAGUUGUAGAUGGUGUGUGGAGGUGAGGAUGUGUAGAUCCUGUGGAGAGGAGUGGAGGUGUGGAUGCUGUGUGGAUUCCGUGUGGAUGCUGCGUAGAGGUGUGAAUGCAGUGUGGAUGCUGUGUGGAGGUACGGAUGCUCUAUGGAAGUGUGGAUGCUGUGUGGAUGCUGUGUGGAUGCCGUGUGGGUGCAGUGUGGAGGUGUGGAUGCUGUGUGCAUGUGUGAAUAUGUGGAGGUGUUGAUGCUGUGUGGAUGUGUGGAUGCUGUGUGGAUGUGUGGAUGCUGUGUGGAUGCUGUGUAGAUGCCGUGUGGAUGCUGUGUGGAUGUGUGAAUGUGGGGAGGUGUGGAUACUGUGUGGAGGUGUGGAUGCUGUGUGGAGGUGUGGAUGCCGUGUGGAUGCUGUGUGGAUGCUGUGUGGAGGUGUGGAUGCUGUGUGGAUGUGUGGAUGCUGUGUGGAUGCUGUGUGGAUGCUGUGUGGAUGUGUGCAAUCUGUGUGGAUGCUGUGCGGAUGCCGUGUGGAUGCUAUGUGGCAGUGUGGAUGAUGUAUGGAGGUGUGGAUGCUAUGUGGCGGUGUGGAUGAUGUAUGGAGGUGUGGAUGCUGUGUGAAUGCCGUGUGGAUGCUGUGUGGAGGUGUGGAUGCUGUAUGGAGGUAUGGAUUCUGUUUGGAUGCCGUGUGGAUGCUGUGUGGAGGUGUGGAUGCUGUGUGGAUGCUUUGAGGAUGUUUGGAUGCUGUGUGGAGGUAUGGAUGCUGUGUGGAUACUGUGUGGAAGUGUGGAUGCUGUGUGGAGGUGUGGAUGCUGUGUGGAGCUGUGGAUGCUGUGUGGAGGUGUGGAUGUCGUGUGGAGGUGUGGAUGCUGUGUGGAAGUGUGGAUGCUGUGUGGAGGUGUGUAUGUGUGGAGGUGUGUGUGUGUGGAGGUGUGGAUGUGUGGAUGUGUGGAGGUGUUGGUGUGUGGAUCCUGUGGGGAGGAAAGGAGGUGUGGAUGCUGCACCUGGGCAUUGGUAUGCCUUGCUCUAGUUCCAACCGUCCCCUGGGAAGACAUAAGGUUCUUUUUUUUUUUUGACACAGAGUCUCUCUCUUUUGCCCAGGCUGGAGUGCAGUGGCAUGUUCUUGGCUCACUGCAAGCUCCGUCUUCUGGGUUCAUGCCAUUUUCCUGUCUCAGCUUUCCCAAGUAGCUGGGACUACAGGCGCCCGUCACUACGCCUCGCUAAUUUUUUGUAUUUUCAGUAGAGACGGGGUUUCACCUUGUUAGCCAGGAUGGUCUCGAUCUCCUGACCUCAUGAUCCGCCCGCCUCAGCCUUCCAAAGUGCUGGGAUUACAGGCUUGAGCCACCGCGCCCGGCCAACAUAGGUUCUUGAUGUUUCCAUGGGGUCUGUCACCCAGAGGGCAAGGACCUCUUUUGGGCCCACAGGCAUGGCCAGCUCUGCCUGGGGCUGCACAGGUGGAAGUGGCUGGAGCCCUGGCAGCGCAGCCUACAGCUGGGGAGCACUAGCCUAGUGCUGACCGGCCCUGGUUCCUUCUCCCUCGUCCCGCUGGUGGGACGUGGCACAUAAGACGCCUUGUGAAUGCCUCAGAUCCCCUCUCCCCACCCGCUCUCCCCUCACACGCUGGGAAAGGAGAAGGUGCCCAGGUGUGGGCAGCACAUGUCUUGGCAGAGGGUGGGCUGGGCUCCCUGCUGCCUCUGCUGGGCUGGGUGCCUCUGUUGUCUGCCUGCUCAGUAUCCCUCCUGCCUUCCUCCCUCAUGGCCCUGUCAUUUCCUUUCCUCAGAGAGCUCUUCCCUUUGUCAGUCCUUGGUUUGGGGGUGGGAAGACCUCUCCCUCCCUCUGGGGAUGGACACCUGCCGCAGCCCUGACCAUCAUUACAGUGAGUGGUUCAGGAAAGAGACUACAUGCAGGCCAGUGAGGAGCAGGCUCAGGGCUUCGCCGGCACUAUUGGGAAGGGGUGGUCCACCAGGUGCUUCUGGUGUCACCCAAGUGGAAGGCCUGCCUGAAGGGGGAAUUAGAACUGAGAGGCGGAGCGAGACUCCAGGUGUGAUCUCAAUACCUGGGGUUGGAUCCAGCCACACCAAGAGUGUGACUCCUGGACAGCUAAGUUAUCUGAGCCAACACAUCCCCCUUUUUGCUAAAGGUAGUUUGUGUUCGGUUUCUAGCAUUUGCUAUGGAGAAGCCCACGGGGACUGGACACAGGCUGUUCUACGCUGUCUCACCUGACUCUCAGUUCCUUGCUCUGUAAAAUGGGGAUAACGAUAACAUCUAUGUUUCACAAGGUUGCUUAAAGCUUAAAUGUAAAAUACACCAACCACAGAAAUGUUGGUUCCCCAUCACCUUAGGUGGUGUGUAAGCCAAGAGCAUCUUCCUAAGUUCUCCUUCCUCAUCUCCAGAGAGCUGCCAGAGCACCUGCUGUGAAGAGGGAAUUACUGCCAAGAGAGAAGGGGUCUCACUAUGUUACCCAGGCUGGUCUUGAACUCCUGAGCUCAAGUGGUCCACCCGCCUUGGCCUCCCAAAGUGCUUGGAUUACAGGUGUGACCCUCUGUACCUGGCCUAAAUGUGGUUAAUUCUUAAGGGAAAGCAAAGGAAUGAUGAAUUUAGAAAAAUGGUGUGGUAGAUUGAAAAGCAGUUGGCUGUAUUUGGCAGUGACUCCCAUCAAAAGAUGGAGUCUGUUUUUCUACUGCUUGAAUGUGGGCAUGGAUGUGGGAUGUGCUUUGCCCAAUGGGACAUUAGCAAGUGUAACAUGAGCAGAAGCUUGAAAAGCAUUUGUGUGCUAUGGUUGCCCUCUCCUGCUGCUAGGAGCCCUUAGACUACCAUGUGAGAAAGGCUGUACUAGUCUGUAGGAGAGACCAUGAGGAAAACCGAGGUGCACUGGCCAAUAACCUGCCAACUGCCAGGUGUGUGAGUGAAGCUAUCUUAGAAGAGCUGCAAGCUGCCUGAAGGCACAUUUGAGAGCCCAGGUGAGACCAGUAGAAGAAAUGGACUGAGUCCAGUCCAAAUUGCUGACCUACAGACUCAAGGACUAAACACUGAUUAUUUUCUUAAACCAUUAAGUUUUGGGGUGGUUUGUUAUUUAGCAUUAGGUAAUUAAUAAGGUGUUUGGGGCGGAGCAAGAAGGAUUGAUGAGGGAGAGCCAUGCAGGGAGCCCAAAUGGAACUGGAGAUUAUCGAUUUCCAACGGUUUCAGGGGAGUUGAUCUCAUUAUUCUUUAUUACACACACACACACGUACACAUAUGUGCGCGCGCACACACACACAUUAUACAGGUUCAUUUGCAUGCAUUAGGUAUUUUUAAAUGUUUAAAAGAGAGAGAGAUCCCUGGAGAAACUGAUGGAAGUUUACUGUGGGAGAAAUGAGCCUCUUCUUGGCCGUAUGGGAUGGGAAGGAUGUUGUCUUAAUCCAUUUUCUGUUGCUUAUAACAGAAUACCUGAAACUGGAUAAUGUAUAAAGCAAAGGAAUUUAUUUCUUACAGUUAUGGAGGCUGAGAAGUCCAAGGUCAAGGGUCCACAGCUAGUGAGGGCCUUCUUGCUGGUGGGGACUCUCUAGAGAGUCCCGAGACGGCAUAGGGUGUGACGUGGUGAGGGAAUUGAGUGUGCUCAUGUUCUAGCUCAGGUAUCUCUUCCUUUUCUUAUAAAGCCACUAUUUCCACUCCCAUGAUACCCAUUAAUCCAUUCACCUAUUAAUCCAUUAAUGCAUGAGUGGGUUAAUCCAUUCAUGUGGGAAGAGCCUUCAUGAUCCAAUCAUCUCCUAAAGGCCCCGUCUCACAGUACUGCCACAACGGGGAUUGAGUUUUCACAUGGGUUUUGGAGGGGAGAGUCAAACCAUAGCAGAUGUCAUCUGUGCUAUCAUACAAUUUUGUUAGAAAAAAUUGUAACAUAUAUGUGACAUUGGUGAUCUUCAGAAGCUCACCAGGAGAGUGAUGACUAUACAAAAGGUGGACUGUAGUCAGAGAGGCUGUCAGAUUUUACUAUUAAAUAGCAAUUAAAAUAAUCUGGCCGAUUAUUUACCCCGUCCCACCCUCAAGCUACUGACCUCUCA